AUGUUUGGCUCUACUCUACAAGGUGGAUCUAGUGGUUCAGGGAACUCUAAUAAUAACUGGGGAUCAUCAACCGGAUUUUCGAAAGCAACGUCUUUCAGUGGUGCAUCGAGUGGACCUAGUGGAGGAAGUUUGUUUGGGAAUUCAUCUACAAAAGACACAAACUCUGCUGGAUUAUUUGGCAAUGCAUCCUCAAGUGCAAGUAAUUCUGGAGGGUUAUUCGGUAAACCACCAUCAAAUAAUACCAAUACAGGAGGAUUAUUUGGAAAUCUGAAUAAUACCAACCCAACAAGUGGAGGACUUUUCAAUAGUAAUAAACCGGAAGCCUCUGGUGGUUUGUUUGGCGGAUCCUCGUCAAAUGCUGCUCCUAGUAAUAAUCUAUUUGGAUCAUCGAAUACCGCUAAUUCUGGCACUAAUUUAUUUGGUAACACAGCAAGUUCAAAAAUGAGCUCCAGCAAUCCAAAUGCCAAUACCAAUUUAUUCGGAGCAAGUACUACUAAUAAUUUAUUCAGUAAUAAUAGUCUAUCAAGUCAGGCAUCAAUUCCGUCCAACAUUAAUUCUACAAAUCCGUACAGCUACGAUAAGGUGUUCAGUAAUUUACAAAAGGCUGAUUCGGUAAUGCCAAAAUCUGUAACAGAAGAUUUGUUCGUCAAUACAAGUAAUAAAGAUUCAUCUGAGAGGAAGAAAAUAUUGACCCCUGUGGAUAAGGCAAAACAGGCACCAAGGAGGUCAUCGCUAUUAUCUAGGUUAGGACAAACGUUAAAAUAUUUUAGAUAUUCAAACGCUUCUACACAACCAAAUAACUUUGCAUCGGUUAAGGGACUAUUUACUCAAGCAAAUUUUUUAACUUCGAAAGACAAGCAAAAUAUUUUACCUAAACCCACAAAAUUAGUACCAAAACGAAUCACGAAACCUUCAUAUCAUACAUCUAUAGAAAACAGAGGUAUAAAGAGGUUGGUCAUAAAAUCUAAGCCUUUGAAGUUUCAUUUAAUUGAUGCAGAUAAAGUUUUGAAUACGAAAAAAAGGCGUAUUGUAUCAGAAGUAGUGCCGUCAGAUAAAUUGUUAACAGAUAAUUAUUUGAGUGAUGAAGAUGAUUCUGAUAACGAAAGUUUUAAUAUAAGACAAAAGGAUACUGCUUCCCGUUUCCCAUACAAAGUCAGUGCAGGUGACGAGAAAGCAAAUGGUAAAAACGCGGACCAAAUCCUUGGAGGUGAUAAUGAUCAUGAAGAUAAUGAUGCGGAUUUGGACGAUAAGGACGCUAAUAAUGGUUACUGGUGUACUCCAUCUCUUAGCGAGUUAUCGCAGUUAUCAGCUCAAAGAUUAGCAAAUGUAGAAAAUUUUAUAAUUGGAAGAAUUGGGCACGGUCAAAUAGCCUACAACUAUCCUGUGGAUUUAUCAGGUGUAGCUAUGAUUUGUGAAGAAAACAACACGCCUUUGAACGAGGAGCUUUUUGGUAAAAUUGUCGAAAUAGGUGAUCGCAUUGUUAAAGUUUAUCAAGAUGCUGAAAAUAAGCCUCCUAUUGGAUUUGGUUUAAAUAUUCCUGCUACUAUUUCUUUAGAAAGUAUACAACCAAGAAAGGGAGAAUCAAGAUCUGAUUUCAUUAAAUACUUGCAACGCCAAGUUGGUAUGGAAUUUGUAACUUAUGAUCCAAUUACUUGUAUUUGGACUUUCAAGGUUAAACACUUUAGUAUUUGGGGUUUAGUAGAUGAAGAAGGUGAAUUCACAAGUGAACAAAACCAGCUUGCAGAAUUGAAAAGAAAGCAAGAUUCUAAGGAAGAGGAAGCUGUUUUAGAGUAUUCUAGGAUCUAUGAAGAUGAAAAAUUUAGUCAAGAAUUAAAGAAGCAAAGAGUUAGCGCAUAUACAAGUGGAUUACCUGGUGGAUGGGACUAUAGCCAGAUUAUGCAAAAUACUCCAUUGAAAACCAAGAGGAACUUGGUUGCGGAUGAAAUAAACAACCAGCUAGAGGUAUACCAACAAGAACAAACCACAAAUGCUUUAGCUUCAAAUGUCAGUGAUAUAACCAUAGAUUCAGAAGAAGAAAGUCGCUCUGCUUCACCCGAUAGUAUUGAUUUUGGAAUUCCUGAUGGUUCUAAUGCUCCGUUUGAAAAGAAGAAUUUUGAUUAUUUGAAACAGUUCAUCAGUGUGUUACCAAAAGAUGUGGAUAUGUCCCAAAUUAUUAAUGAGAAAGCCUAUGAACCGGAAAUUACAAAUGAUGCUAUGUUUGAUAAUAUUCAAUUGAAACCAAACUUAGCUGUGUCUGAUGAUUGGUUAGUACAAUUAGAAUUAUGUAAUGAUAUUAAUUCUUCGUUGACACCAUAUAUAACGGAAUCAUCUAAGGUUGAUGGAGAAAAUAAGAAUAGAAUUACAGCUGCGAAGGUUGAUAACAUUCUUUUUCCUGAAUUCAAUAAAGACUCAUUAUCAAUGGAUCAUGCUUCAACUCCUAUUAAUUCGAAAAAAUUUUCCAAUUUAGAAGGGUCACCAUCAGAAAUGUACGACGAAGCUUAUCCACGCAAUGUUUCAAAGGUAAUAUACCAUAUGUUGUCCAAAUCCACUAUUUCCACGCGGUCAAAUAAGUUUCCUAUUGUUGAAAAGAAUUCUAACCUUUCUUUCGCUGAUCUCUUACUAAAUGAGAAGUCUACAGGUGAAGAAGAACAAAUCCUUAAACUCGGAUCUGCUCUUUUUGAUGAACAUAAACUAAACGAAUAUAGUGAAUACAAAGACGUUGACCCGUCGGAUUCCCAUUUAGUCAAAUACUUAGAGAAUUUACAACAAAAGAAAAAUUUUUCUGAAUGGCUCAAGGUUUAUAAUAGGUCAACAGUCGAACGAUGGAGUGAUGAAAAGAAGUCAGAUAUUUUGGAGUACAUCUUCAUCAAAAUAUGCGCAGGCGAUAUAAAGGAUGCAAUAAGUCUUGCCAUGGAUUCAAAUAAUGCUCACCUUUCUGUCAUACUAACUUUAAUUGAUUCAAAUGAUGAUGCAGUAAAGUCAACAGCAUCUAAUCAAUUACAAUAUUGGUCGGACACAUCAUCGUUAAGUUUCAUUCCAAAACCAAUAGUCAAAAUUUACAGAAUUCUUUCAGGUGACUUCAAAGAAGUAUUAUCAGACUUACCUUGGAAUAUUUCAUUGGCCGUCAAGUUAUUCUAUGGCGACAAUACUUCAAAAUUACAUGAAUUGAUUCAAGAGUUCCAAGUUGGAAUAGUUGACAAUGGUCCGGUGUAUGAUAUUUUGACUUUGUAUAAUCAGAUUCAUGCCAAAGACAAAAACCAAGCAUUACAGUCAAUCAAGAGCUCUCAUUUGAAUAUAAAAUUAAAAUGGUUCUUUAACAAAAUAUUGUCAAAGGGAGAUGUAAGUAAUGAUGUUCUCAAUACAGACCUUUCUUUGUCGUUUGGUAACUUUUUAGAAAGGAUCGGUUUAUGGAAGGAAUCUUUAUUUGUUUAUUCGCAUAUAUCAGAUGAUAAAGAAAGUGAAAAAGUGAUCAGAAAUUUGGUUGUAACCAAUAUUGACCAUAUUAAGAGCUCAAAUGACGAAGAGAAUUAUAUUACCAAGGUUUUGAAAGUACCACACAAUUUAGUGUAUGAAGCUGUUUCUAUUCAAGAACACUCGUUAGGUAACUACUGGGAAGAGUGUGAGGCUUUGAUAACUGCCAAAUUAUGGGAAAAAGCUCAUGAUUGUAUAACUAAAGAACUAGGCCCAUCCACUAUUAUUUCCAAUGAUAGCGAAUCAAAAAACCAUUUAAAAACCAUAAUUGCCAAAUUUCCAGAGUCUGGCCAUAUCAUCCCUUUAUGGUCGCAAGGUGCUGGUAUUUACAGCAAUUUUAUUUCUCUUUCUGAAGAGGAGAUACAGGAGAGAGCGUCUCUGCACACACAAUCGUUGUUAGUCUCACUAUUAUCCAACUUGCCUUUACUUGAAGAUUACAACUCUUCUAGGUGUCGAAUUGCAAUGAAGUUGAUGUCCAAAAAAGUUGGGGAUAUCGCUCUCAAUUAUGCUGAUCAAAUCGGAAAUAUUAAAGGUUUAAUAUUGUCUCUUCCUUUAGGCGAAGUUGAACGUAAUUACUUCAAUAUUCGCUUGCAACUGGUGAAUAUUUAG